AUGGCUGACGAAGACGAAAUUGACAUACUUGGAGAUUUUUCGUUUAAUUCUUGUUUUGCGCUAAAUAAUCAAGGAAUACCAUCAUGUUCAGAUAGAGAAGACACGGUUCACCCUCAGUGGCUGCUAGACUCUACAGCAACCAAUUGGUAUGAUACACAGAGUAGGGAUAGCAAUAGGUCAAAAGAUGCACCAUCUCGAAAACUUUCUGGAAAUAAUAAAACAAACAAAUAUAACCAUGAAUUACAUACAGUCUGGAGCCAAGAAGAGCGACUCAUACUUAAAAAAGAAAUGGCAAAAUAUGGAAGGGAUGUCCAUAAAAUAUCUCAAACCUUGAAAACAAAAACUCAAGCUGAAAUCCAGGCUUUGAUAGAAGCUGAACAUGGAAUACUGUUGGAUAAUUCUGGACCAGCAAUAAAACAUAGUGAAGAUCAUGUACCAUUACAAGGAGUGGUAAGCGAUGGUCUCGUUAACAUGAAUGAUGUAUUGAGCAUAGUGACCACCGGUGCUCCUACAAUACAUGUAACUAAAAAACCAUUUAAGAAGAAAAAUUACAAUAAAACAACUAAAAAAAGUCUUUUAAAACCAAAAGUUAAUACUAAUCUCAUAAUAAAUUCAUCAGAAUUGUAUUACGAAGACGAUCUAAUAGUUGGAUCCACUGAAUCUGUUGGAUCCGAGUCAGAUGUCACUGAUGACAUAUUAAGAAAUUCUUUUAAACUACAAAAAGAGAAAGUCAAAGUUUUAAGAAAAAAUGGCAACCAUAGAAGAAAGGUGUCUAGUAAUUAUGAUAGGAGUAAAAUUAGAAAUAGAAGUAAAGAUAAUUUGAAAUCACCUCAAGGAAAACAAAGGAAGGAUUCCAGUGUUUCUGAUGAUAGUGUGAAAAGCCCUAAAAUGCAGAUUGUAUUAGGAUCUGGACUUGCUUUGCCAGUCUCAGAGGGAGAGCAAAUAAUAAAAAUAGAGAAGAAAAAGGACUCUGAAUGUGAGAGUGACAUAGAAGUGGAUAUAGAUAGUGACCCUGACCACUCCACCUCAAAGAGUGAACUAACCACCAAGAAAGUGGACAAUAUAGCGAAUGACGCUCCCAUUGCAGUGCCGUUGAGAAAGUUUGAACCAAUGCCCAAACGAAAUCGCAAGAUUAAUUUAGAUGGUGGAGGUGGGUAUACGAUAAUGCACACAGAGUCGGGCGAUCUGUACGAGAUAGGGCAGGAGCCGCGCAAGGAGAGACCACCGAAGAAGACCGCAGUUGAAUUAAUACCAUGUCGCUUUUAUAACUCUGAGAGACCUGCGCCGUUCGCGGUGACGCUGAGCGUGUCCGCGCUGGUAGCGCUGGACGCGCACGCGCACGCAUCGCGCGCUGAGGUCAUGGGGCUGCUGGGCGGCGCGCGCGCCGGCGCCGCGCUGCGCCUGCGCCUCUACCGCCGCGUGGCCGCCGCCGCCGCCGACACGCACUGCGACAUGGACCCCGGUUUGUUGUCU